UUCAACCUCAACCAUCAGAUUUAAUUGCAAUAAACUAUCAACAUGGCCAACUUUGGGCAAUACCCACCGAAUAUGGCACCUAAGGAUGCGCUCAUAUUGCGUCAAGAAACCGCCCCAGAUCAUGCCGUAGUGCCCUACACGGGCGAAGACCUGGCGCGACCCAGAUUUGGACCUUUGAACCCAUACAAGGACGAGGCGAAUACACUCAAGCGAAAAAACAUUUUGACGGGGAACGCAGAAGAGACCUUCAUCAGCGAACACACCUUCCGAAACAAACACCGCGCCAUCGAGCGCCGGGGCGGCCCGGAGAGGCCGUACCAGACAGGAAUCGAGGCAAAGCAAGAGGCGGCAAAGAUACGGGCGGGCCGGCAAAAGAAGGGCGACGCGAUCAUCGCUGAUGGUGAGGGAGCGUAUGUUGGACCCUGGGCCAAGUACGAAAGUGCAGAGUACGAGGAAGUCGGCGAUGACGAAGGGCUAGCAAGCGACGAAGAAUACGAAUAUAUCGAGCAAGAUGAAGACGAGGUCGUCGAGAGCGGUACCGUGCUCGCUGCACCGGCAGAAUCAAUAGCAAGGAGGAAAGAGGUCGAGAAAUUGGGCGACGAGAGAUCUAAGUUCCAUGGCUCGGAGCAGUUCGACUACCAGGGCCGAACAUAUAUGCACAUCCCACAAGAUCUCGACAUCGAUUUACGCAAGGAAAUCGGCAGCGUCACCAACUACAUCCCCAAGAAGCUGGUGCACACAUGGCAAGACCAUGGUGGCAAGGCUGUCACAUCCCUGCGCUUCUUCCCGAACUCAGGACAUCUCCUACUGUCGUCUGGCGCAGACACCACUAUCAAGAUCUGGGACGUUUACCACCAGAAGGAGCUCCUACGUACGUAUCACGGGCACGCUAAGGCUGUAUCCGACAUCACCUUCAAUUCAUCGGGUACGCAGUUCCUCUCGGCAUCCUACGACCGGCAGAUGAAAUUAUGGGAUACUGAAACUGGUGCUUGCAUAAACAAAUUCACGACGGGCAAGACACCCCACGUUGUCAAGUUCAACCCAUCCCCCGAGCACUCUCACGAGUUCCUGGCUGGCAUGUCAGAUAAAAAGAUCGUGCAAUUCGACACACGUACACGCGAGAUUGUACAGGAGUACGACCACCAUCUUAACGCCAUCAACACCAUCGUCUUCGUGGAUAAUAACCGCCGCUUCAUGACCACCUCGGAUGACAAGUCGUUGCGCGCCUGGGACUACAAUAUUCCCGUACCCAUCAAGUACAUCGCCGAACCUUACAUGUACCCUAUGACGCGUGCUGCGCCCCACCCCUCGGGCAAGUAUGUUGCGUACCAGAGCUCGGAUAACCAGAUUGUCGUCUACGGCGCCAAUGACAAAUUCCGCCAGAACCGCAAGAAGAGCUACCGUGGGCACAAUAAUGCCGGAACCGCCAUUGAUGUCGCCAUCAGUUCCGAUGGGCAAUUCCUAGCCAGUGGUGACAGCGGUGGUUUUGUGUGCUUCUGGGACUGGAAGACCUGCAAAAUGUACCACAAGUUGCAUGCUGGCGAUCAAGCCAUCACAUCUGUGUUGUGGCACCCUCAAGAGACCAGCAAGGUUGUUGCUGCGGGCAUGGACGGCAUUAUCAGGUAUUGGGACUAAUACUAGUUCAAGGCAGAUGGUGGGGGGAGACGUGGAAGAUGUUUGUACUAGAUUGCAUGACAGCAUUGCUCGGCGUUAGGCAUUACCCUAUGAUUUCUAUUGAUACCAAAAUGGCUGAAUCAAGCUGGUAGCAUUCACUAACUGCAAACAAGUGCUCGUGCUUAGCUUAAUCGCUCGGUUGCUUAGUGAAUCAAGAGCCUUAUUCUGUACCCGCAUUUCAAAAAUUAAUUUCGUUUAUUAGCUACCUUAUGAAAGCG